AUGGAUAAUGGGAAUGCCAGUAGGGUGACAGAACUCAUUCUCCUUGGACUUUCCACAGAUCCCGGAGUACAAAUCCUGCUAUUCGAAGUCUUCCUUAUUGUCUACUUGGCCACACUGGCUGGAAACAUUAUUCUCAUUGUGGCAGUAAAAACGGACAAACGUCUGCACAGCUCAAUGUAUUUAUUCCUCGCUAAUCUGUCUUUUAUUGAUGUAUGUUACACCUCGGUCAUUGUCCCCAAGAUGCUUCUUGAUUUUCUAGCCACCAAUAAAAUUAUUUCAUUCACAGGCUGUGCUGUCCAGAUUUUUGCUUAUCUUUUCCUGGGAGAAAGUGAGUGCAUACUCUUGGCGUUUAUGGCUUACGAUCGAUACAUUGCAAUCUGUAACCCUCUACGUUAUAACACGAUAAUGAGCAUUCGGUCCUGUGCGGGGAUGAUAUCUGCUGCAUGGAUGACUGGGUGUGUUGUAUCUUCAGUUGACCUUUUCUUUGUUUGUCUAUUAACAUACUGUGGUCCCAAUGUCAUAGACCACUUCUUCUGUGAAGCUACAUCCUUAAUACUCUUAGCUUGCAGUGAUACAUCUAUAAAUAGAAGUGUAACAUUUGCUGGUGGUUGUAUACUUCUUCUCAUUCCAGUGGCCCUUAUUUUGUUUUCUUAUGUGCAGAUUAUUGCUUCAAUUGUGAAGAUACGUUCUGGACGCUCCAAAUCAUUCUCCACAUGUUUCUCACAUCUAUUUGUCAUUGUGAUUUUUUACGGGACAGCAAUAUUCACGUACAUGCGACCGAGGCAUUCAGGAACAGAUACAACAGAUAAAAUGGUAUCAGUAUUCUAUACAAUAAUCACCCCUAUGCUAAACCCUUUGGUUUAUAGCCUGAGAAAUAAAGAUGUACAAAGAGCACUGAGAAGAAUCGGAACAUGUUUUGCUUUGACAUAA